ACCAAAAAUAUAAAAUUCACUCACUUUUUAUUUGUUAUUUUGGUCAAAUACACUGCCACUUCCCACCAAACCCCCAACAGCUUAAAGAGUGAGAAGAAAGAGUGAGAAAGUGAACUUUCUUACCAUCCAAACAGAAUUCUCUGCUUAAAGAGUGAGAAUUAAGAGUGAGAAAGUGAACUUUCUUACCAACCAAACAGAAUUUUGAAGAAUGACCAAAGAAGAAGACUUUAAGCUCCUUAAAAUCCAGACUUGUGUUCUCAAAGUGAACAUUCACUGUGAUGGCUGUAAGCAGAAAGUCAAGAAACUCCUUCAGAGAAUUGAAGGUGUUUACCAAGUGAACGUAGAUUCUGAUCAGCAGAAAGUUACAGUUUCUGGAUGUGUGGAUUCUGCAACUUUGAUCAAGAAAUUGCUCAGAGCUGGGAAACAUGCUGAGCUCUGGUCCCAGAAAUCCAAUAACCAAAGCCAGAAGGAAAAGAACAACUGCAUCAAAGAUGACAAGAACAACAACAACAAAGGGCAUAAACAAGGCAUCCUCAAAAACCAGCAAAAGUUUCCGUCUUUCAGCUCCGAGGAAGACGAUGACUCCCUCGACGAUGAGGAAGAAGACGAUGAGGACGAGCUGCGGUUUAUCCGGGGGAUGCUCAGGCAGCAGCAGCAGCAGCAAGCAAAUGAUGCAAAGAAAAGUGCAGGAGUGAUCAAUGCAGCAGCUGCUGCGGCUCCCAACAACGUGAAGAUGAUGAACAAUGUUGGAAUUGUGAAUGCCGGGAAGAAAGGCGGGCAUCCGAAUGAGAACAUGAAGGUGAAUCCUGGCGGGAUUGAUCCAAAAACAAUGGCUGCCCUGAAGAUGAACGCAGCCCAAAUGGGCGGCGGAAACAUCAAUCCCGGCGAAGCGAAAAGGGGCAACAUGAAUGACCUGAGUGCGAUGAUGAAUUUAGCAGGUUUUCAUGGAAAUGGUGGAAAUGUUGCUGCAAAUGCCGCUGCUUUGGGGGCAAAUCCCAAUGUUCUUGGAGGGUUUCAGGCUCAGGCAAACCCUAACGCAGCAGGGUUCCCAAGUGGUGGAUACUCCACAGGGCAAAUUGGUCAAUUCCCAUCUUCCAUGCUGAUGAAUCCAAAUGGGUACGCCCACCCAUCACAGAUGAUGAACAUGCAAGCUAGGCAAGCAGCAAUGCAGCAGCAGCCACAGAUGAUGUAUCAUAGGUCCCCCUUGGUUCCUCCUAGUACUGGCUACUACAAUUACAAUCCUAGCCCUGGCCCUAGCUUUUACCCUGCAGCCGCCGCGUACCCUUACGGCGGUGAGCCUAAUUACGGCAGUAAUAACACUGCUGCUCAUAUGUUCAGUGAUGAGAACACUAGCAGCUGUUCGAUAAUGUAACUUCAUCAGCAAGGAAAAACCAAAUAUGUAGAGGUGUAGGGGAAAGAGAGAAUGUCGUUUCAGAUGAAGUUCUCUGUAUUAAUUAGUGGGUUGUUAGGAUGUUGGAGUGAUUAUCACUUGUCUGUGUAAUGUAUUGUCUAGUUCUUGGGAUAAUGUUUCCCUCUUGUUUUAGUUCGUGUCUUUGUCGCAGGACUGGCUUUAUUCCAACUAUCCUAGUGAAUCUGCUUUGUUCUUAUA